AUGUCGCCAUCCGAUUUCCUGGAUAAGCUAAUGGGUAGGAUGUCAGGCUAUGAUGCCAGGAUCAGACCAAAUUUCAAAGGUCCUCCAGUUAAUGUCACAUGCAACAUAUUUAUAAACAGCUUUGGAUCCAUUGCAGAGACAACUAUGGAUUACCGAGUGAACAUCUUUCUCCGUCAGAACUGGAAUGAUCCACGCCUCGCAUACAGUGAAUAUCCAGAUGACUCUUUAGAUUUAGACCCAUCUAUGCUGGAUUCCAUUUGGAAACCUGAUUUGUUCUUUGCUAAUGAAAAAGGUGCCAACUUUCAUGAAGUUACAACAGAUAAUAAGUUGUUGCGGAUCUUCAAGAAUGGAAAUGUGCUUUAUUCCAUCAGAUUGACUUUAAUACUUUCCUGUCCGAUGGAUCUCAAAAAUUUUCCAAUGGAUGUGCAAACAUGUAUAAUGCAGCUGGAAAGCUUUGGAUACACAAUGAAUGAUCUCAUUUUUGAGUGGCAAGAAAAGGGAGCGGUUCAAGUAGCAGAAGGUCUCACUCUGCCACAGUUUCUGCUGAAAGAAGAAAAGGAUUUAUGUUACUGCACCAAGCAUUACAAUACAGGAAAGUUUACGUGUAUUGAAGUCCGAUUCCACCUGGAGAGGCAGAUGGGUUACUAUCUCAUCCAGAUGUACAUACCGAGCCUCUUGAUCGUGAUUCUCUCCUGGGUGUCAUUUUGGAUCAAUAUGGAUGCAGCUCCAGCCAGAGUGGCUUUAGGCAUAACUACUGUACUGACCAUGACAACACAAAGCUCAGGUUCACGAGCGUCUCUUCCAAAGGUGUCAUACGUCAAAGCCAUUGACAUCUGGAUGGCGGUGUGUCUGCUCUUUGUGUUUUCUGCCCUUCUGGAGUAUGCAGCUGUAAACUUUGUGUCGAGGCAGCAUAAAGAGCUCCUGCGUUUCCGACGCAAGAGGAAGAAGAGCAAGGUAAAAGAUGAUGACACACGUGACAGUCAGUUUAGCAUUACAGCAUACGGAGUGGGCCCGUGUGUGCAAGCAAAGGACGGAAUAACGCAAAAGGGGCCAAAUAAUCCUGUUCAACCUGCACCAAAAAGCCCUGAUGAGAUGAGAAAGGUAUUCAUUGACCGGGCCAAGAAGAUAGACACAAUAUCCAGAGCUUGUUUCCCAUUAGCCUUUCUGAUUUUCAACAUUUUUUAUUGGGUAAUCUACAAAAUCAUCAGGCAUGAAGACAUUCACCAGUAA